CCGUGAACCUCGCUGAGUAGUGUUGAAUUUAUACAUUGUUUUAUUUUUUUUAAGUAUAAUCAACAAACCACAUAUCCGUUCAACAAUUAUUAAUUUUUUUAUAUUUUGCUUCUUUUUAAAAAGUCGGAUGGACUAAGAGAUUAAAACGUGUUAAAGAAUAUUAUGUUUUCACCGGUAACAUUACAGAUAUUAGAUUAUCCAAAUAAUUGGUCUUCACUAAUCUAAUAUUACUUUUUUUUUUUAAGUGGUUGUGUGUUUAGUGUUUGUUUAUUUAUUUAUUUGUUUGUGCGAAUUAGUGAUAAUUUACACAUUUAUUAUCAUUGAAAGCAACCAACAGUAUAGAUCGCGUCUUCCGUCAAUUAAUGUAUUUAAUUUUUAAGUGAAUAAUUAUGUUUUAUGUGAUAUUAUUAUGAUUCAAAACUUAAUUCCUUAAUAAAAAUUCAUGGUCGUCAAAAUGGAUGUACCAAUUAUUGAGAGUUCCCCUACUAUAAUGAAUAGUAACACCAUAAAUAAUACAAGCAAGGUGUCUCAAAAAUUAAAAGGGAUCAACUCUUUACAUUUUAAUGCAUUAAAAAAUAAAACAAUCGAAGAGGAAGGUGAUGAUGAAGUCAUAGAUGAUGAUAAUAAUGAUCAAGUUAAUCAUAAAGAAGAUAUUCAUCAGGAUGGUAAUGGUAAAAAUCAAAAAUCAUCAGUAACAAUUCGUAAUUCGAAUACAAAUUUAAAUAGAAAAUUAACUAGCUGUGAUAGUGGUGUUAGUGUUAGUAGUUUAAACAAUAAUGCUCAUGAAAAUAAUAAUUUAAAAUAUAAAAAAUUGGAUAAUAGUGAAAUACAACAAAAUAAUCGUUGUAAUAAUAAAGGUGACGAAACGGCAUCGACAUCAUCGGGACGUAGUUCAGUACGAAUACCAAUUGGUGCAAUAGAAUUACCUGGUAUGUUACCGGUCAAUCGGCAAUCACCACCGUAUAAGAAUUUUAUGAAUAACAGUAUGAGAUCAAUUAAAUCCGUUGAUGAACAUCCAAUUGGUAAUCGACCAACGAAUGUUGGUACAUUUGUACGAACUGGGUCAUUUGUUUAUUCAGAUACGGCAAGUCAAAUACGGCCAGCAUUUUCGGAUGCUGCGUCAAUACGCUCAUUAGCAUCAAUUGGUGUUGGUUCAACAGAUGGUAAACGUAUGGUCAUACGUAAAGUACCAACCUCACCAUCGGAACUUAUGAAUAUUAUUAAUCCUCCAACACCACCAGAGGAUACAAGAAGUUUCGAUGAUUCUAGUCUAGGUGGUGGCGCAACAACCGAAGAUACUGAUAGUUUGUACCUGAAGCCAACACGUCGACAACAAUGGGCGUCAAAAAUGCAAUUUGUUCUUGCAUGUAUAGGAUACAGUGUUGGCCUUGGCAAUGUAUGGAGGUUUCCAUAUCUUUGUUACAAGAGUGGCGGAGGUGUAUUUUUAAUACCAUAUUUUAUAAUUUUAAUCAUAUGUGGCAUUCCAAUGUUGUAUAUGGAAUUGGCUGUGGGACAAUUUACUGGACGUGGUCCAAUUGGAGCAAUCGGUCAUCUUUGUCCAAUAUUUAAAGGUGCUGGUCUUGCCAGUGUAGUUAUAUCAUUUUUAAUGUCUACCUAUUAUAGUGUUUUAAUUGCAUAUGCCAUAUAUUAUAUUUUUGCUGCAUUUCGUCCAAAUGCACCAUGGAGUCAUUGUCAUGGUAGUUGGAAUACACUUGCAUGCUGGAUACCACCAAUAAAUAAUCAUCCACAUCAUGUUCAUAAUAUUACAAGGCCAAAUAAUUCAAGAACACCGUCAGAAGAAUUUUUUGACUAUAAAGUAUUAAAAAUAAGUUCUGGAAUUGAAGAACCAGGAGUAUUAAGAUGGGAUCUAGUCGCUUGUUUAUUAUGCGCAUGGGUAAUUGUAUAUUUCGCUAUAUGGAAGAGCAUCAAAUCAUCAGCACGUGCCCGAUAUUUCACCGCAACAUUUCCAUUUUUAUUAAUUAUUUUGUUCCUAGCUCGAUCAUUAACUUUAGAAGGUGCUGAUCGUGGUUUACGAUAUUUUUUCACACCACGAAUGGAAUUACUAUUAGAUGCAAAGGUUUGGGUAAAUGCCGUUGCUCAAAAUUUUAAUUCUUUGGGUAUUGCAUUUGGAUCAAUGAUAUCAUUUGCUAGUUAUAAUAAGUAUAAUAACACAAUUUUACAUGACACUUUAGCGGUUUCAUUUGUAAAUGCCAUUACGUCGUUAUUGGUUGGAAUAUUUGCAUUUGCAACGAUUGGGAAUAUUGCAACUGAACAGAAUACAUCAAUUGAGGAUGUAAUUGACGAUGGCCCUGGUUUGGUAUUUGUUGUAUACCCACAAGCAAUGGCCAAAAUGCCCGCAUCACAAGUAUGGUCUGUGUUAUUCUUUUUUAUGAUGCUUUGUUUAGGACUAAAUAGUCAGUUUGCCAUAGUUGAAGUAGUUGUGACAUCAAUUCAAGAUGGUUUUCCUAGAUGGAUUCGUAAAAAUUUGGUAUGCCAUGAAAUGGUUGUGUUAGUUAUAUGUGUAAUAUCGUUUAUAUUUGGUCUACCAAAUGUUACACAGGGAGGAAUUUACUAUUUUCAAUUAAUCGAUCAUUAUGCCGCUUCCAUAUCGAUUAUGUAUUUAGCUUUCUUUGAAAUAAUUGCUGUUGCAUGGUUUUAUGGUGCAUGGAGAUUAUCCAAGAAUGUUGAAGAUAUGACAGGACAUCCGCCAUCAUUAUAUUUUCGAUUUUGUUGGUUGAUUUUAGCACCAUUGUUAUUAUUAUUUUUAUGGAUAUUCGCCUUGAUUGAUUACACACCUCCAACAUAUGAUAAUGGAAAUUAUACGUAUCCGGAUUGGGCAAUAGGACUUGGAUGGUUUAUAUCUUCAUUAUCAUUAAUAUGCAUUCCAGCAUUUGCCAUAAUUGUGUUCAUUAAAUCAGAGGGAAAGACUUGGAAAGAGAAAAUGUUAAAAGCAGUUUUGCCCGAUCUAUUCGAAUGUAAAAUUUGUGGUGGCAGUAAUUGUGAACAUUUAGAAAAAGAUCCAGAUGAUAUUGCUGAAUUAUCACCAAUGUUAACGAUGACAGCGAAACCAAGUGAAAUACAACGAACUGAUGAUACACAAACAGAAGUUAAUGACACGUUAAAUUUAAAAGUUUAAUCACUUUUUACCCUUUUUAGUUUAAUUCUCUUUUAAAGACAACCAAAAUAAUGUUACAUUUUAUUUUUCAAUUAAUUUGUGAUCAAAAUACAUUAAUUCGACAUAAAUUUAGGGACCAUUUUUGUGUGAUAUAUUUAGUUUUUGAAUUUCUUAUGAACAAAAUUAUUUUAUUAUUAUUAAUUAUUGUUUACAUAGUUUUUAAUGUUAGUAACUAUUGUAAGAAGACAUACCGCGUACAUAAACGUAUUCUCUUUUGACAGUAAAAUUUCGUAGCAUUAUUGUAAAAACAUUCCAAAGAUGUAUGCGUUUGAUAUAUAAUAAUUA